AUGGCCGCGGGUUCAACGUAUUACCAACUUGUUUCUUUUGAGGGCGGAAAAGUCACGUUAUUCGAGCAGAAUGCCCGAAGCACGUUUGCCCAUGAAAGAUACCGCAAUAAAAAGAUCGCCUUUGUUAGCGUUGCUGGUCCGGCGAGAAGCGGAAAAAGUUUUUUGGUCGCUUAUCUGACAAGUGGUUUCUUCAUUCGUGGUCGUUUCAAAAGCGGUUAUGCACGUGAUACGGAAGGCAUUCUAAUUUGCGAUACGCCAUGGGUGCUGGAGGAUCAGACGGUCGUAUUUUUCCUGGACACGCAGGGCACCUUCGACCUGGAGACAGAACCAAUCGUUUCCGAAUUGAUUAUGGCAUUUAGUCUACUGGUCUCGGGCCUACAGAUUAUAAACCUCCGGGUAAACAUCGAUGGCGACGACCUUCGAAUGGUGCAUCGCUCCGUCGAAGCGGUAAACGCCAUGAAACGAAACGCAGUUGGCGAGAAGCUUUUGUUUUUGAUUCGAGAUGCCGCGGACCCCAAGGUAAAGGGUGAAGAUGUACUGGCGCAACUUUGGGAAAGCGGCAAAGCGUCCCAGGAGCUGUCUGAGGCACGUGAAUCCUUGCAACGCCGUUAUAAGAUCGCAUGUAUUCCUUUGCCUGUGCCCAGCGACAACGUCAAGAAAGGCAAUAACACAGCUACAAUAUGCACCGGCAAAGACAACGCGGACUUUUCCAAAAAACUUCAAUGUGUAAAGGAAUAUCUAAGGCAACAUACUGUUGGCGCAAGUUCGACCCGACGUAUGGACUGGGCAUAUUGGCAGGAAAUUGCCGCGUUCUUAAAUAAUGCCUUUCCCCGAUACACAAGCCGUGCCGCUGUUACGCAAAAUCUUCUGCUGGCCCAUGCCAUUGAAAGCGCCUUCAACAAUUUGGACACCACUUUUUCGAAAGCCACUUUGGAAAAUAUUGACCAACGAAAGUUACAUUUCACGCGGAUCUUGGAAGGCCGUAUCAAAAAGCAGCACCUAGGAACCCUGCAAACUCAAGCCAUCCAGCAAGCAUUGGACCAAAUGGAUGUUGACGUUGAAACGUUUACCGAAUAUGCGACAGAUCAGGAACGCUUGCUUAAAGGGGAAAUUGAAGCGCUUCGGAAAAAUAUUGCUGAAGCAAAGGAGUUUGUUGACAUUGAUGACGCUACCGAGACGGCUAUGCUGACUAAUGCGAGGAAGGAAUUAAAAAAAACUAUCGACACAGCGAUACGGGGUCGGGAACAGCGCCUUCACGACGUGCUAGCUACUGGAGAGCAAAAACAAGCAAAAGCUCACAGUGAUAGCCCCAGCGGCUCGAAAAGGUCAUUUUCUGACCCUAUAGAUAAGACAAAAUUAAUACGGCCGGGCCCAGUUUGCGAGAAGAAUUCUUCAGAAAAUGAAGAGAAAAAUGCGGCCUGUGUAGAUUCGUUGCGCAAACGGGAUCCAAUAGUAGAGACGGGUGGCACUGAGUCUUUGUCUCCGCCAGAGAAGCGAAUAAGGCCAGAGCAGACAGACCGGCUUGAUCAGGAAACGCCAUUUUCUCCGGGCGAAACUCUCCAACCAGCGACAACCCUAUUAGCCAGUACUGCAUUAAUCGAGCCGAAUGGCCUCCUCAAUCAGACUGCAAAGGAACAAAAUGAGCUCACCGAACGCCAGCAGCAGUCGAAGCCAGUCCAGGGAAUCGUGGCAGACGACCACGGAAACGAACGGGCGGAUGAAGCCUUAAUUAGUGAAUGUACAGGGGGCGAUUCGAUAAAAACAUCUUUUGAAAAUUCUUCCACUAUCGAAGAAGUAAGUCCUCACGUCGCCGACGCAGCAUAUGCUUGUGAAGACACGGGGCGCGGCUCUCCAGACGGUUGGAACAGGGAACUCACCAAAAUGCCGACCUCCACAUCUGCGGAACUCGAGGCACCCAACAGCCCUUCAGUCAUUUUUGGCACGAAAGAGUUUGAAAACCUUCCGGACGAGGAUAUUUGCAAUGUCGGAGGCAAUGCCGAUUCCGGCCACCAUUCACUGAAUCAGGAGUCGGUCUAUUUCGAAGACCACAGAAGUGAGCUAUCAAGUGUUAUAGGAGCGUCGCAGACGCUUCGGAAUCCUUUUCGAGCAUCAGAUGCUAGAGGCAAAGAAGAGCUGCCGAAUUUGAUUUUGGCGAAUCGAAGGACUGCAGCGGAGAUGGCCGACAACAACGCAACCCAGGACCAAACACUCCCAGAGAGAGGUACGCACCCUGAAGGGCAGCGGGCAUUGACAAAAAUGGGCUUGAGUUCAUUGGCUUCAACGAAAGAAAAACCAAUGACAAAAAUUCCAGUCGCCGAGGUGUGGGAAUCUCAGGAAGAGAACGGCAUAAAAGAAGCCCUUGCUCGACGAGAGGACCCCUUUCCGAGAGAAUUGCUGGCUGUAUCGCCAGAAUCAGAGUAUCAACAUCUUCAACCGACAGGAUCUGAAUAUUCCGGGCGUACUAAGCGUAACAGCGAUCCGAUAGACGGUGCACUACAUCGCGAUUUCCAUGCUAUGCCGUCGGCGGCAAACGGGCUGGUGCGUGCCCGUGAAAGUCCAACUGAAGGCCAUCGGCAAAAAAAACAGAUGAACCACGAAGCGACAGAUAAACAACAAAAUGAUGGCUCAGUGAAGGAUUAUCAAGGUUCGCCACUGCGCGAAUCAGGAUAUUUGAACUCAGCAACCGCUGAAAAAGUUGAAGCUAUCCUGAAAAGUCGUUCCAAUGGUUGUACGGGAGGACAGCCAAACUUCGUUGCCGGUAAACAUGAUAUAGAGGCUUUCGGAAGAAUAACCGAGGUCGUCCCAUGCGGUGAUCCAGGUCACAACCAAAAUUCUAUCUAUUUUAACCAGCUAAGCGUCGAGUCAUCAAUGCCUAGCGAAAGCGCAAUUUCAUUAGAAAGAAUGCCUUUCAUCGAUGAUGCAGAACAGCCGCGGCCAAACCAGCCAGAAGACCGCGGAUUCAACGGAGAUGCGCCAUUUUUCAACAACAGCUCAGGCCCAAAUAGUCAAGGAAAGUACUGGGAUGAAGCUACAAGUUUACCCGGUGAACGUUCACUAACGGUCGAGUUAGCUCAUUCUGAAAAACACGUCUAUGAACAACAAUUGCGAAGGGAUCCGCCGAUCGGUCUACCUGACGGCUUUGUGCGCAAUGCAUCUGUUGUGUUAACGAGUUUUACAGAUGCAAGUAGCGACCAGCGAGAUCUCCAUCAGCGAGAUGGUAUCUCGCCGUUGAGGAACGAACACAAAUAUGUGACUCAGUCGGCAGCAAUCUUUUCGUGGGAUGAUUUGUCAACGAAUCUCGCUCCUAAAAAUGGAACAGCAAAAUCCCGCCCUGAAACGCCCGGUAUAUGGCUGCGGGAUUGCGAAGACGACCCGGAAGCGGGACCUCUCCGAAGACAACCGUCUGGCGCUUUCACGUACAUUUGCCCUCCAUUUUCUGAACAGAUCAAAAAUGCAGAAACCGUCUCCGAGCAGAAUUCUAUCGAAAAAGAUAUAAGAUACACUACGAUGCUGCUUGCCCCGAAAGAGGCUCAAAGCGAAGCAGCUGGGGAAGUGGAGUACCAUGCGGCUCAAGCAAAGAAGCUUCGGCAAGAGGGCAAGAAAAAACCAAAGGCCGAAUUAGAUGAUAAAAUUCGUCUGGAUAUGGAAUGGUUCGACGUCGCUAUGGAUCGUUGUAUGAUGAAGUAUCACAAGGAACGGGUCUUACUUUUGCCAGUACGACAAGAACAGCUGAGGCAAGAUCUGCAUAAAGCCGUCAGUGGUUGCACCCAAAGUCAUCAAUACAGUGAAGCAUCUGCGCGCAAAAGACGGAAGGCAGCCAUCGCAGCCUAUAAAGCUGCAACCCAGCGCAAGGAUUUUGACCAGCGCGUCGACAUACGAAAUGGCCUCGAUGCUUCGCUCCUUAAAACUAAGGAAUAUACUAAAUGCUUCAAUGUACUUGGCAACUAUGUGGCUGAGAAAAUGGGCACAUCGCUAUAUCCGUUUCGGCCCACAGACGUGGACUAUGACGACGACAUAAUCAUCAAACGGUGUGUCAACCAGGGAGGCAGACGACGAAUUAAGGAAACAAACGAAUAUUUUGGAGGAGCGAUUGAAUAUUUGAUCUCCCACUACCCGGAGAAGUGGUCUUUGUUGCGUACUAUCGAUUACGCCGUCGAAUAUAUGCAUUUCUUUUACGAUGUAUUGGCGAAAGGCACAAAAAUGAAUGAUAGUGAAGAACUAUGGCAAACGUUGCAAGAUCUGUCCAUGGAACGGUGGACGGUAAAAGCAAUCGCGAUGGGUCGGAUCAAACCUUAUAUGUUCGGCUUGAAGGGUGGUGAAUAUAGUUCUUAUACCAAUGAUAUGCUCCAAUAUGUCGGGCAAUAUAUUCGGCAGCCAAGGCAGGCGGAGAAUGUACAACCCCCACCCAUCCACCUA